AUGCCACAUCUACCUUCAACAGAUAGUCGGGUCAACUACGAUCAAUUCAGAAAUACCCCUACACUAAGAGAGACAAUUGCUCAAAAGGUAGCAAGUCUAAUUCAUACUGGCAAAAAAUUUAAAGAAUGGUUCAUUGAACAAUCAAUUCCUAUCAAAGCUUUACUAGUAUUUGGUUUCAUAAUAUUGGUAAUAUUGGGAACAUUGUUUAUUAUUUUUCAUAGCUAUUUUAUAAGAAUAUUGAUACUGAUAUCAAAUGAGUGGCAUGAUUUAAAAUAUGGUAAUUUGAUUAUAUUUUCAUUGAUAUUUAUAGUUGGAUUUCCACCAUUAAUUGGAUUUUCAGCAUUAAGUUUUCUUACUGGAAUGAUAUAUGGUUUUCCACAAGGAUGGCCAAUUUUAGCAUCAGCUGCAGUUGCAGGUUCAACCGCUUCAUUUUUGAUCUUUAGAUAUUUUUUAAAUAAUCAAGCGAAUAAACUAAUGGCAUAUAAUGAAAAUUUCAAAGCUUUUGCGGAAAUUUUAAAUGAAGAUAAUUCAUUGUUACUAUUGAUAUUGAUAAGAUUGUGUCCGUUACCUUAUUCACUAUCCAAUGGUGCUUUAGCAGCAAUUCCAAAUCUACCAAUAACGACAUAUGUAUUAGCCACAAUCAUUACAUCACCAAAACUAUUAAUACAUUUGUUUGUUGGAGCAAAAUUGAAAGACUUAGGUGAUAAUGAAAGUUCGACAACAAGCAAGAUAGUGGACAUUAUAAGUAUAAUAAUCACAGGUAGUGCAGCUACUUUAGUAACUUAUAUAAUUUAUAACAAAAUGCAAAUAAAAUUGGCAAGUUUUCGUCAAAGAGGAUUUGUGAAUGAUGAUGUAUUGGUAUUUGGUAAUUUUGAUGAUGAUUUGGAGAUGGGAAGUCAUAAUGAAAUUGAAUUAAAUUCUGCUGAUUAUGAUACUGAUAAUUUUAUAAUAAAUGAAGAUGAAGAAGACGUUGAUAAUGAAUCGAAUAUACAGGCUGAUGAUAGAUCACACAAAAGUCAAUCUAGUAAGUAA